ACUGAGUACCGAUGGUCAGUACCAGUCCGACACAUUUCGGCUGUCCAACUUUCGUUUUUCAAAUUUUCCGUCCCGUUUUUUUUUAAGACGUCGAAUCCAAAGUUGUUGUUUCAUUACGUGAUUUUUGAUUGACUUACAAGUUGAUUCAAAGUGUCCACGUUUCACCAUCGAAAGCCACGAUGUCCGGCCGAAUUGUCUACGUGAUGGCUCUGCUUUUAUGCGUGCCGUUCUCAUCGGCCGCUCCAGCCGACAUCGGUGCAUUCUUAUCAGACACGACUCAAUUAGUGACCGAACUGAUCGAAACGGCCACUGAUUCCCAACCGGAAUCUUCGACGGAUGUCACCGCGGCUGAACUGAUAGACGCCGUGACGCUGGAACCUGCGCAACCGACGACCGAACUCGACCUGGAAGCCGUGAUUAUCGAUUUAGGGGUGGACCGAUUAGCGCAGAAAGAUCCGGCCAUCGAUUUGAAAAUCGAAAUUCCCGCGUUGGGAAACGAUGAGAUUCAAACGACCACCGACGUCGCUCAAAGCGAUGACAUCUCAACGGACAUCCCGUCAGAUGCCGGAGAUGCUCCGCACGAUGCUGCUCAUGUAAUUCAUGAGAAAGUCGAAGCCAUCGCGCAAUCUGAUGAUCAUCAAACGACGUUGAGCGAUGAAGGAGCUCCGUCUACCGAAGCGGCAACAUCGCAGCCGGAAGCGGCCGUUGAGGAUGUCGGUUCGAAAAUCGAAUCAAAGAAUCAGACAAAGGAAGCGAUUCCCGCGGUCAUCCUGGCCGAUCCUGAAGAUGCCCCUAUCGAAACGACCACAUUAACACGUGAAAAGGUCGAACUCGCAUCUGAUUCCGAUGAUUCGGAAACGACGGAAAGCGUAGCCUCGUUAGAAGAGGCUUCUUCAAGCGAAACGGCCACCGGACGACCGGAAGCCGAUUCGGAAAUUGGCGUCAAUUUGAAGGCCGACUUUAAGAACCCGGCGGAAGAGCGCGAUGAAAACACGGAGGUCGUCACCGGUGGCGCUACCGUCCAACCAGAAUUCGACGUCACGGAACAAAGCGAAUCUGUUCCAGUCGCGUUGAAAAACGAUGCGGAAACGACGGAAUCAUCCGGUCCGACAUCCCUGCCAUUAGCGGACGAACUCGGGACGCCGUCCAUCAACGAAGACGUGACCGAAAGCGCGUUCCAGUCGACCGAUCCCGGCACCGAUGCCAUCGACACGCCCAGCGACGAUGAGAUCGUGCGGAUGGAGCCGCAAUUGGUCAAGAUCUUCGAUCCAAGCGUCGACGUCGAGGCCACCACUUUCUUGGCGGAGGCCAAUUUGCAAACGGAUGCGGAAGGUGACGCAACGACGGAAUCUUUCCAUCAGGCGGACUUGGUCGAUGAUGUCAAAAUCGAAGGGGACGAGGAGGCCUUGACAACCACCGGCGAAUCGGUCAGUGUGACGUUCGAAAUUGGAACCGAAUCCGGAACAGAAUUGGCCACCGAGUCCGGCACGGAAUUAACGAGCCACAUCGACACGACGGCCUUGCCGGUCAGUGUGAAAUUAGCCACACCUGGCGGUCCGGCCGCAUCCGCUGCCGUUAGCAAAAGACGUAGUUACAAAGGCUACAAGGUCUAUCGUGUUAUCCUGCCCACCGAGGAAUCCGUCCGUCGGAUUCUAUCCAUGGAAGAUGAACCGGGCGUGGAAUUCUGGGCCGAUCCACGGCUCCUGUUGCGGCCGAGGGGCCUCUUCGUCACAUCGGCCGCUGACGUCAUGGUGGCUCCUCAAAUCGUGCCCGAAAUCGAGUCCGUCUUCCGCCAAGCCCGCCUCACUUACACCGUCCUCAUCGACGAUGUUCAUAUGUCCAUCGCUAAAGAGAAUCCUGUCGGUCCGUCUUUCGCUCGAAGUCAAACCGGUCCUAGCGGUCAGCACCGGUUGACCUGGGACCGUUAUCACCGUUUAUCAGAUAUCAACAGCUACGUGGAAUAUUUAAAAGAAGCGCAUCCCGAUUGGAUCGAAGUGAUGCCCAUCGGGAAGAGCAGCCAAGGCCGUCCGAUUCACGUCAUCAAACUGAGCCGCAGUAGCAGUCGCCAACCGGAUGCAGUGGAAAGCAGCCAAAAGAAAGCCAUCCUAAUCGACGCAGGUAUUCAUGCCAAUGAGUGGAUCACGCCGGCCGCGCUGACUUGGAUGGUCAAUGAACUGGUGGAGAACGCCGACUCUUACAGUUGCAUCUUGGACCGAUUUGAUUGGUAUUUUGUACCCAUGGUCAAUCCGGAUGGCUACGAGUACUCGCACUCGGUUGACCGGAUGUGGCGGAAAACGCGACGCAACUAUACGUCCAACUUGGUCCGCUCCAGCGCUCGCAAACUCCGCGUCGACUCGGACGACGAGCAAUGUGUCGGCGCCGAUAUCAACCGCAAUUUCGAGUUCCACUGGCGUAAAGGUGGCAGUUCCAGCAAUGUCUGCUCGCCGGCCUUUGCUGGCGUCAAGCCGUUCAGCGAGCCGGAAUCCCGCGCUUUGGCUAAUUUCAUGCUCAAACAGCGUUCCAGGCUGGCCAUGUACAUCUCGUUGCACUCGUAUUCGCAAAUGUGGCUGCUGCCGUGGGGUUUCGCAGAAGCCCGCCCCGAAGAUUUCAGUGAACUGUAUUCUUUGGCUAAAAUCGGAGCUAGGGCUUUGCAGAGGACGCAUAAUACGUCGUAUCUCAUCGGCAGCGUUCCAGACCUUCUCGCUUUAGCGUCAGGCACGAGCCAAGAUUGGGCGAAAGGUGUGGCCGGUGUUCGAUACUCGUACACGCUGGAAAUGCGGGACGCCGGCGUGAGAGGAAUGAUCCUUCCGGCCCAGCAGAUCGUCCCGACGGCAGAAGAGACUUGGGCCGGAAUCUACGCCGCCUCUAUCGAAUUGGCGCAUCGCCUCUACCAACACUUACCAUCCUGUUCGCCAUUUUAAUUUUUUGUUUUCUUGUAAUUUGAAUGUGACAUUUUUUGUUUUUUAUUUUUAAUAAUUCGGUAUUCGUUGAGGAAUCCUAAUUCUGCUAAAAAAAUUUUUUUUUUUAAAUCUGCUUCCUAUUUUCUGUUAAUUUUUUAUUUUUGAUUCGGUUUUGUUUUGUUUUGCGUUCAAAUUGCCCGCGCUCUGUGUUUGUUAUUUUUUUUUUUUUUUAACAUGGUUUGUGUUGUACGUGGUGUUUUGCACGGCAUUGACUUUCACGUCCGGUUUACGUUCUCUGUCUGUUUAAUGGAGGGGGGCUCCAUUAAAUGUGUGUCAAAAAUAAAAAUGCAAAGCAAGA